GCGGCGGCGGCGGUGGCGUCGCUGAAAAAGCUGUAGCUCAGCUGGCGAGGUCUUCCCCUCGGGAAGCUCCUAAUCUGUCGCCUCCGCCGCCGCCUACGCGGUGGCAGCGGCGGCGGCGGCGGCCUUGCUGGUGCCUCCCUCCUCUGCCACCUCCACCCCUGCUUGCUCACUUGCCGGUGCUGUGGAGAAGGCGGCGGCAGCUUUGGCGGCUCCACUAUGGCGGCGGCGGGGAGGGGGGACAGUAGUUUUAAAGUAGACACCUGCCCUUGCCUCAGAGAAGAUCCCACUGGUGAUGGACAAGAGCGAUCUGCAUAUUUUACAGAUAAUUUUUGUAAAGCAUGUGGAGUGGUUCUACAGCAUGAAUCAGAAAGGAUUUCACAUUUUGAGAGUGAAAUACAUGCUCAAAAUGUUAAGUUCUCUUUUCAAAUGCACGGAGAACAGCAUGAAGUGCCUGGUAGGAAAGUGAGCGUGUGUGUUGCGAAUUCUCAGGUGUACUCAAGUGGAGAAGUCAACAGAAACACAUUUCCUGGUUUCUGCAACAUGAGCUUUGACUCCACAGCUGCUGCUCCGUCUCACUAUGUGGGAAAGAGCCAUUCUCAAACUCAGAAGCAACUACUGGAAGGGGCGUGGUCGGGGUCUCCCAUCUGCAUGCCCAAACUAGAUAAACCCAGUACUAUUCCAGCACCACCAACCUUCCUGAAGUCUGUUAUUGUGAAGCCUCCUCCAGCAUACAGAAUGAGAACCUACGUAUGCCAUAUCUGCAGUAUCACCUUUACGUCUUUACAUAUGUUCCGGUCCCACAUGCAAGGAACUGAACAUCAAAUUAAAGAAUCUCAUGUUAUCAAUCAAGUGAAGAACUCAAAGAAGAUGCAGGAGUCUUACCAAGGCGAAUGUGGAGACUACAGCCAAAUGAAGGAGUCCAGAGAGCUAGAGCCCACGGCUCACUUCAGGAAAAUGGAAGAUGAUUACAUGGAAGCCCAUGGAUACAGAGAAAUGGUGGAUUCCAGACCCAGACAUAAAAGGCUUGAACAAAAUCCUCCACUUGAAAAUUUCUGGGCACAGCCAGGACUGUACAGUGAUUCUAGAGCAGUAGAAGAGCAGGUGCCUCACUGUUUACCAGCAGAGUCAAAGACAUAUGACUCUUUCCAAGAUGAACUUGAAGAUUACAUCAAAGAGCAGAAGGCCAGAGGACUCGAUCCCAAUAUUAGUUUUAGACGGAUGUCAGAAAGCUCUGGGCACAGGGAUCACAGGUACAGAGAAAGGGUUGAUUCUGGACCCAGGCAGAGGCCAUGUGAGGAAAGAUUUUCAUUUGAGGCUCCACAGACCUACGAGCAAGAAUACAAUGGCUCCCCAGUGGAAGGCCAAUUUCCUCACUGGUUACCGCCUCAUUCAGAGAGGAGAAAUGAUGAUUUCCAAAAUGAAUUUGAUGAUUAUAACAAGGUGCAGGAAUCUAGAGAAUUCAAGCCAAAUACUUCUUUUAGAAGAAUGGAUAGUUCUUUUGAAACCCAUGAUUACAGAGAAAUGGUCGACAGAAGAUCCAGACAUACAAUGUUUGAGGAAAGACUCCCAUGUGAGACUUUCCAGACUUAUCCAGAUCCAUAUAACAGCGCACAAGCAGUAGAAAACACGUUACCUCAUUGCUUUCCAGCUUAUGAGAACCAACCGAGCCUAGACUCUGAUAGCUACUAUCAGUUUACCAGAGAUGAUUUCUCAGAAAUGCCUGUUUCUCUGAGCCUUACUCAAGAAGAAAAUAACCCUGGCUCAUACAAUGUAGACUACGACAUUUACAAGCAUCUGCCCUCAAGUGACAAUGCCAGUGCCCAUGAAACAAGUCAUAAAAGGCGACAUCAGAAGAGAAGACGACACCUGGAGGAAGGGAAAGAAAGGCCAGAGAAGGAGCAGUCCAAGCAUAAGAGAAAGAGAAGCUAUCAGGAUAAAGAGUUAGACAAAGACAGGAGUGCUGAGCAGAGUAAAGGAGAGGGAGACAAAGCUAGAGUCAGUGCUGAAAAAACCAAGCAUCGAAAAAAGAAAAGAAAACAUGAAGCAUCCUCAGAGAAAGAAGAACGUAAGCACAAAAAAGAGAAAAAGAAGUCUGUUGAAGAAAGAACAGAAGAGGAAAUCCUUUGGGAUGAGUCGAUUCUUGGGUUCUGAACCUAAAGUAUACCAAGAAGGACUAAAACAAAGUAAUACUCAUUAGAUAAUGACAUGAGUAAGCAGUGAAGUCAAGGAAAGGUAGGUGCAGAAUUAGCACAGAAAACCUUUGCGUUUGCUUGUUUGCAAAAAUUGAAAUGGAACAUGAGAAACAAUACACAAGACAUCUAAAUCCAGCAUUUGAGGUAAACCUACUCAAAGAAUUUGAACAUUUAGUUUUCCUUACAGAAGAAUAAAUAAGGAAACUAGUGGCGGGGGGAAUCUGAUGAAAUGAGUGGAGAAAUUUUAGAUAAAACUGAGUGCUUCAGAUGAAGAGAAGGGUUAAAGUUGGUGUCCAUUCAAGAAAACAGUCUCUCUGUGUGUAUGUAUAUAUGUGUGCUAGUAUCUAUGUGUGUAUAUAUGUGUGUGACCGUGUGUGUGUGGCCUCUGCUCUGCUCUGCUCUGCUCUGCUCUGCUCUGCUCUGCUCUCCCACCUACUUCCCCACCCCUCUUUUUCUGGCACUCCCUCCUUUCAAAAUGUAAUUGAAAGAAGAACCACAAAGUCUAAACCUAGCCUUCACAAAGCAAGGACGCAAUGCUAAGAGGGUGAGCGGAGAAGAAACCUGCUGAAGAGAAAGCAGAAGCUUCGCUGUUUUCUACUUUACAGUUUUGUUACCUUAAGGUUGAAGAAAGGUUGAAAACUUUGGUUUUCUGAAAUUUGUGUUCUUUGUGUAUUUGUACAUGUGUACAGUUAAUCUCUAACAAAAGCCAGAUGAAGUAAAAUUAUUCAUUCUGCUUUUUAAAAGUCACUUUCUUUGACUUUCUAAGAAACAAAGCUUACUCUAUUGCUUAUGUAUAACAUGGUUUUCUUAAAGUAGAGGUGUUUCUACUUUGUCCAUCAACUUGUAAUAAAAAUAAGCUGUUUGCUCAUGGAAAUAAUAUACUUAAACUGGUGAGUUACAAAGCCGUCUACAGCCAUACCACCUUGAAUUUCCCCAGUCUUUUGAUUUUGGAAGAACGGUCAGGCCUGUGAGAGACCAGCCUUCCAGAAUCCAUUCCUUUUUAGAAUUUGUGUUAGUAUUGGUGGUAUUUUACUACUGUCGUGUGUUAACGUUUCUGUUUUCUCCAAUGAAAAUGUAUGAAGCCGCUUAGACUUUUUUGUUAAAUCUAAUUGGCAGUGUAUUUUUGUAUUUUCUAGUUCUCAAAGUGGAAAAUUGGUGUAUAAUAAAUUAGAUGAUAUAUACUUUUAAAAUGUUCUUGAAAAGGGCUGAUAGAAAUCGGUCUAUAUUCUGAAAAAUGUUUAUAUUAAAGUGUUUUAAUUUCUAAA